AUGGUAGAAAUCAAAUUUCAAGUGCAGUCCUUGGCAACAUCUCUAAUUAAGAGAUUAAAUAGGGAAAAUAUUUUCCCCCCAUUACUUAAUGAUCCUGAAUCAUUCGUUGCUCCGACUGGAUCAAGAGCAAAAAGGCCUUUUAAUUCAUUCUUAAUAUUCAGACGAAAUGUUUGCAAAGAGGCGAACAGAAAAGGAACCCGUAAUAUGCGUGUAAUAAGCAAAGCAGCCGGUGUAUUAUGGAAUGAUGCAACCCCUGAAGAAAAAAAAGAAUAUAAAACGCUAGCCAAACGCGUUCAUGAAAUUCAUGAGUUAAGAAAUACAACUUCGUUUAAAAUUGAAUUAACAGGCCAACCUCCGAAAGCACCAUCUAUUUCUCGUCCACUACCUUUACCCUUUCCAUCCUCCAUGCUAUCCUCUAUGCUCGAAACACUUCCAAAUUCUGAUCAGUCAAAUACUACAGGCACGCUUUUUAAUAAUGAUAAUAAAAUUAUCAUAUUUAAUUAUAAGGAUCCUGAUGGGGAAUUUCACAUUCUUCCAUACGAUGGAUUCAAUCAUCUGGAAUAG